AUGUCCCGACAGAUUCAUAAAGACCGCCGCAAGCCCAAGAAGCAGAUUCAAGAUACUGUGUCUAAAUCGCGUGGAACUGAAUUGGUUGCGAUUACCAACAAUGUUGUCCCAACAAAAAAAAGCGAAUUCGAGGGGUUUCCACUCGACAUUAUAAACAUGCUCUUCGAUACACUAUUGGAGCGAGAUGAGUUAUCUACCAUCAUCUGUCUUGCCCUUACAUGUCGAGCCUGCUGGAGCCUCUUCCAAGGAAAGCUGUGGCAGAGACUUGUUAAAUUUGGUAAAGGGGAAGGUUGCACCUUCUAUGAACCAUGUUUUAUCGGGCUGGUUGAAACCUGGAUCGGCCCAGGUUUCCGUCGUGUUGGCCGUGAUAGUCGGUGUAUUGAAACCCCUUUUCUAUCGCGCGCUGUGUAUGGAGAUUUUUCAGGAUCGAAGGAAAAGAAUUUGGAUGAUCGAUGGAAAGACUACCAGACCUUGACCAGUCGAGAAGAUGUAACGCAUAGGUUGAUUCAUCAUGUUCCUAAGCCCUUCAGUGUGAGUGCGGAUGAGUGGUUCCUUCUCGCCGCACAGCAACUCAAGAUUCAAUUCUUGACCUGGGAGCCCUCUGCAAUUGGGAAACACUCCACUUUAUGA